AUGGACUAUUCUAUUUUUGGAGAUGUCUUAGCUUUCGAUGCCACAUACAGGAAAAUAAGAUACAGUACCCCGCUAGUGAUAUUGUAUGGAGUCAAUCAUCAUAAUCAAAGAAUAAUAUUUGCAAGUGCAACAAUUGGUGAUGAAACCAAAGAAAGUUAUGUUUGGCUUUUGAAGACGUUUGUGGAAGUUAUGGGCGGAAAGUAUCCUAUAUUCGUUAUAAUCGACGGUGAUUUGGCCACGAGGAAUGCAACAAAAAGGCAAUGCAUGCUGGGAGAUUUUGAUGUUGAUGAGUUCGAGUGA